AUGAAACCAUAUGACGGUACCACUGACCCGGACGGCCACAUAGCCUCAUACAAGCAGCGGAUGUUCACUGUUUCCAUACCCCGACUGCUUAGAGAAGCCUGCAUGUGCAAAAAUUUCGGUUCUAGUUUGUCCGGCCCGGCGUUCCAAUGGUACACGAACCUCCCGAACGGAUCCAUCGAUUCAUUCGCUCAGCUUACUGACACCUUUGUGGAACAGUUCGCUAGCAACAAGAAGCUAGAGAAGUUGUCGGCCGACUUGUACCGAGUAUACCAACGAAGGGGGGAACCAUUAAGACAGUAUGUUAGCAGAUUCAACAAAGAGAAGAUCUCUAUUCCCUCCUGUAACCCCGAGACUGCUAUAGACGCUUUCAGAAAAGGCCUCCUACCAGAUGGAGAACUAUACAAAGAGCUUACAAAGCUGGGCUGCACCACCAUGGAAGAUGCUCUAGCCCGAGCCGUUAUCCAGAUAAGGUGGGAGGAAGAUGAGAUGAACCGAGCUGCCCAUUCCAGAUACGAACCAAGGCGGAACGACAGGAAGCCAGAGCCUAGACCGGUAGAACACUGCUACCAACCCCCCGCACUCAAUAUGGGCAGAACCAAAAGACCAUAUGAUCGCCAACCCUUGAGAAAUGAUAACAGGCAUUUCGGAUCGAACCAGUUCAAAAUACCAGAGUACAGUCUCACCGUCGAACCAACCCAGGUCGCAGCAAUAAUGAAAGGAAUGGGAUCCGCAGUCAAGUGGCCUGACUGUAUCGCCUUGCGGCUCGAGGUUGCCGCACUUCUGAAGAGGGGACAUCUCUAUGAUCUACUCACUGACAAGGGGAAGAACACAAUUAGCCAGAAAAGCUCCAAACAACAGUCGCCCCCUCCGCGAGAACCCACACCGAAGGGUUUCUGCUCGCUAAUCUCAGGAGGAUCAGAAAUCAGUGGGGUAACUUACUCAUCAGCGAAGCGGCAUGCUAGGACUAACCAUCAUGAAGUCCAGUCCAUCCACCCGGUCUCGAGGUCAUACUCCCAUCAAGUAAUUCAGUUCGAGGAUGACGAACCGAUCACCCUAGCCGUUCCUCACCACGAUGCUUUAGUCCUCUCCCUGCAAAUAGCCAACAUCCUAGUGAAGAGAGUGUUCGUAGAUGGAGGUUCAUCAGCAAAUAUCCUAUUCCUUGAAGCAGUCAAAGCAAUGGGGCUGGAAGAAGCAAAUAUCAACAGGCGACCGACACUGCUAGUUGGAUUUAGCUCGGAGCAGAAAUACACUAUCGGGGAGAUCAUCCUUCCUAUCUAUGCGGGCGGAGUAAACAAACAGACAGUCUUCCUGGUGAUCGACUGCCCAUCCCCCUACAACGUCAUUUUGGGCCGCCCCUGGAUCCACGACAUGCGGGCAGUCCCAUCUACUUUCUACCAGACAAUCAGGUUUCCAACCAAGUGGAGAGUACGGGAGAUCAAGGGUGACCCUAAAGCUUCCAGGGACUACUACAAAAACGCCUUCAAAGGCAAGGGAAAUUCUUUAUAG